GUUUACUGUAUCUGCUGAAGCUUCAGCACAACCUGUUUGUUGAUCGCUCUAUGAGGCUUAUUAACACCCUGACUUUAUUACGAGCCGGGUUCAUCUCUCAGGGGAGCUUUAACUUCUCACCACCAGGAAGACACGGCUGGAUAUUUGCCAGACGACAGAAAGACAAAGCGAGUAUGUGAGAUGUUUUUACCAGCAGCCGUUUUUAUAGUGAGAGAGGCUUUUUUUUUUCUGAUGUAGCUCGUUAGCUUAGCUGCGUCGCCUUCAGUGUACACACACAGCCUUUUUGUUCUGCUCUUCAACUGCCUCUGCAUGACAAAUUAGGACCACUGUUAACUCAGGACAAGGCGCAAAAACACUACGGCUUUUCUGUGGACAGACGUGUCAAGAAUAAUUUCUGGUUGUCAACCUCAGCCCCGGGGCUAACCCCCGGUCGCCGACCGAAUUAAUGGCCGGAAAUCCGAGGAGGGGCGCCGGUCUCAUCGGCUUGAUGAAGGACGCCUUUCAGCCCCACCAGCAGCCUCUGCAGCCUCACCAACCUCCAGUGGUCGAUAAGAAAAUGGUGGAGAAAUGCUGGAAACUCAUGGACAAGGUAAUGACAAUAAUGUGUAAAAAUAGAGGGAAAAAAAGGAACUGAAAAUUAGCUAUUUUGUUUUUGCCAGCACUGAAGACAGAGAUAAGGUGAUGGCAGUGUUUGUGGAGUUAAAAAAUAGAAAAGGGGAACUGAAAAAUGGUUACUGUGGUAUUUCCACUUAUCAGCUGAUCCACAGAAAACUUCCACUGCCACUGUCCUCUUUUUCGCCUCAAACCUCCAUUACUACUUGGAUAUACCUAUAAAGACAUCCCUCAUCUAGUCAACACUGAAGCAUUGUUUUGCAGCUUAAUAAUCAUCUUAAUUGUUUUGCAAUCACCCAUUUAAAGUCCUUUACUUCACCAGGGAAUUAGAUAAGAAUAAGAAGGGAAAUUCAAUUGUCUGUUGUCUCACAUAUGUCUCUGAAAGUUAUCUCUAGUAGAAUUAUAAAGUCUGAUGUGCAUAAUGUUUAAAAAAUACAAGAUAACUCAUGACUUGAUGUUUACUACACCAUCAACAUUUACAAAAAAAAUCACUAUAUUCUGCAAGUAAUUCUGUAUUAUUGACCCAUUAUCAGUUUAACUAUAUUUCCCAAGCUGACAUGUUGAUUUUUGCGAUUAUUAAACUCAAGACAGCCAUACAUUGCAAUAUCCGAAUUGUGUCCCAUCUGUGAUUACUGCCUCUAUUUGAUAAUGAGAGUUGGAUAUAUCUAGGUUGUCUUGCACCCCUCAAACUUCAGUAUGCUGGCGUCCCAGAUGUAUAAUCUAAAUAGGACAAAUUUGCAGUAAAGGAGGUCACAUUGAUGCUAAUCUGUUGAUCUUUCACCAUUGCUUUGCAAACCUCUCUGAUGUUCCCUGGAGGUGGACACCUUCUGUUUGAUGAUUUAUCAAAAGAGCUUUGUGUGUGUGUGCGUGUGUGUUUGAUUCAAACAGGUUCGUUUUUACUCGUCGCUGACUGUCACUCUGCUUUUAUCUUCAGCACCUUUCUAAACUGAGACUCAGACAGGAGAGCAGAAAGUAGAGGGAAAAUGAGGAGACAGGAGUUUUCACAAGAGAUUAAUCCAGGAGAGCUGAAGGAAGCAGAGAGAGACGGAUAUCUGAUGAGACAGAGUACAAUAAUAACACAGCGUGCCUGUUCAGCGUGCUGAGCAAAGAGGUGUCUGUGUUGGUUCAUUCACACCUACAGUAUGAUGUAUCUUAAUUUCACAUGGCACUGACUGAUCCUUUAACGCUUGAUACAUCAGCGUUUAUUCAUAGCUGUACUUGAUAACUCUGGCUUGUUUUUGUGCUCUUCUGGCUUGUUGUGAAACUGUAUCAUGAUUAUGCAGUUUGACGGAUUUGUAACUUUGAUUUGAUUUAACGCUCUCAUGAGGAACUUUCUCGGAUCAAGUUUGUUUUAUCUUGUUCCCUACAUGCUGGAGUUCGGGUUUUUGACUGUAAAUCUUAUUCUGUUCACUUGUCGCAGUCAAGUGUAUAAAUUAUUGUGAAUUCUUGAUGAGGAAAUUGUAAAAACAGGACUAUUUUUUCAGCUGCAUACCCCCUCACAUCAGUUUUAGGUAUUAAAAACAGCAUAAAGAUUCUCAAUCUCACUGCUGAUGGUCUUGUUCACUUUUAAAUAUCAUAAAAAGGCACUAAUAUAAACUGCAGCUAUUUCUAAAAACAUCUAAAAACUCCUUACAGGAGCUUUGAUGUAAAGUGGGUGAAACGUUUUGACAGUGUUUAAGAUUUCUCAUCUUCAGACUAAAAAACAUGACAGCGGUCCUGUAUUUGAAACCGUUUGUCUGGACUCUUCACACUCAGCCCUCAGGAUAUAUAAUGCAUUUUACACAGUAUAACUUGUUAUAAAGUCACUGUAGCUGCUAUAAAUGUCAUGCUGUGAAGCACAGCAAACAUCCAAGUCCACAGUCUGAUUCAUGUCCACUGGCAGAUAAUUUAAACCUCCUGUCCAGUGCCCUAAAAAGCAACUAUCCUUCCUGUUUUCACUUAAGUAGGAACAGUUUGAAAUUAAAAAGCUAUAUAAAAACGGCUGAAGAAACUCUCUGUGGUUUGCUCAGAUCUUUUUUGUGUACUCUUGGACCCCUCUAAACCUCAAACAUUCAUUGACAAUAAAGCUCAAAAUUCUGAGGGGGUCUCUCUCUCUUUGAUUGGACUCGUGGCAUCUGAAAUUUUCUGCCCAACACACCGGAUUAACUGAACAAAACGUGGUAGACUGAGCAUUACUGGAUUUCAGGGAGAAACCAUGCAUGUGUACAGAAGACGGCGUGAUCCAUUACUAAAGAAAUGCUUAAAAAAAAGAUUGAAUAAAACCCAGUUUGAUUGCUCUCUGGAUGGUCACGUGUGCUGAUAUUCUCCAGUCAGGACAGCCUACAUGUAGUUUUGCUUAUUUGUGCGAAUGUCAUGUCCUCAAUUGUUUUGUUGACCUCCUAACCUUCACCUUAGAGCCACGAUCACAGAUAAAGAAAUCUAAAUUUGCCUGAAGUUGGAGAUUUUCAUGAACAUUUCAAACGAAGAUUAAGCUCCAAAGGGAGAUUAGCUUUUCUUUAAAUGACCCUGUAGCAUUUAAUCUUGAAUAAGUGAAACAUUUCGAGCUCCACCAAUAAUAGUAGACAUGUCUGAGGGAAUGACCUCCCAGCAUAUUUUAAUGGAUCAGUAUAAGCCCAAAUAAAGCAGAUCAAAAUGAGAUCCUCGACUAAAUCCAUGUGUCCACCCUCUGGACAGGCAGACUGAUCCCUCCUACUUUUCAGAUGUAUAUCCUCAAAGUGUUUACCCUGAGCAUGGUAAUCCUGCAGGCUGUAAGCUGCAGAGAGUUGGCUAAUAACUUAAAUGAGGAAAUAUGCACAUAUUUUAUUACCUCUAAAGCCGUUCCUUACGUACAUAUCUGCACCAUGCCUUCAUGGUUCAAGCUCCAUUUCAAAAAGUCGUGAUUUUGCACAACCACAGUAAACUACAGUGUUUGGAAAAUGUCAGGAGUUUAUGUGCAGAAGCAGCGACUUCCACGCAGACUUUUACUGCAUUUACUUUAAGGAUGUUAAAGGUAGGGCUGUCCCACUGUCAGUUUAUCAAAUAGUCCAAUGGUUCUGAUCCAGACUCCUCCUGCAUAUCCGCAGAAUUUCUCAUAGCCUGCAGUGGAAGAGUGAUGCCUGAAAUGUGGUUAUCCAGUCCCCUGCUCAAUGUAAACAGAGCGAGCAUGUGUAGAGUAAGUAGGAAAAUCUCUAGGAAGUUUAUCAGUAAGUGGAAACAGCUGCUUUCUGGAUGAUGUGGCUAUUUGUUGCAUGUUUGGAUCGUUGUUUGACUUUUCUGUCAAAAAUGAUCUGCUCUCCUUGCUCAGCAUAUAAAUUCAGAAAUGGCACCAAAAACCCCUCUGGUGGUGAUUUCUUAUCAAAAAUAAUGUCGUGUCAGUCCAGUGCUCAAGGUAGAAGAUGUGGACUGGGCUACAGUCACGUCCAUAUUACAGUGAAUUGUGGGUAAUUAAAUCCGCAAAGCCUGUGGACUUGGGAAAGUCAGCAGAAAGUCUGCUUUAGUCCUCCUGCAGACUGGAUGAGUUGUGGCUUUGGAAAGCCCUCAGCACUUGCAGACCUUGUGGGCGCAUUCCCAGGAGUCUGCAGGAGAGUCGACGUCCAGACGUUUGGAUUCGGUUUUAUUUACUGUGCUCAGCUGUGUUUUCCACCACAGCCUGUUGGUGUUGCUUUCCUCUGGAGAAUGCAGGCUCUGCUCUGUAGGCGUUUCACUGCAUAUAAGAGUGGAAUUAGGGUGUGUAAGGGACAAAAAGCAUCCGGUUCUGACAGCCAGUUUGGCAAUUUUUCAACAAGUUUGCUUUAGGCAGUCACAAAGAAAACAAGAAAAGCCAAUAUUAUCCACAUUAUUCAUUAAAUCUGUUGGUAAGUUUAAGGCCCACAAUAAUAAAACUGUAUAAAAAAAUACUAAUUCUCGAGUAGGGAUGGGAAUCGAGAACCGGUUCUUGUUGAGAGCCAGUUCCAAAUGGUUCAAUCCAUCGACAUCGUUGUUUCCGUUGACGACGACGUUGACGAAAAUAUUUCGACAACGUCAUCGUCCGAAAACAACACUGCAGAAUAUACGUUUAGCAUUUGACUGAUGAAAUGCUCGUGAAUUUUGCAACUCUGUUCGUCGUCCACCACUAAUGUUUUCGUCGAGUCUCGUCAAUGUAAACGCACAUUCGUCUCGUCACAUUUUAGUCAUCAAAGACUUAUGUUUAGCUCGUCAACGUCACGUAUUUGUCGUGAAAAAACAACAGUGCUCCCGGGUGCUUUGGAAAACGUUCUUGUGAGAGGCAGUCUACGCGAAGGAGAACAGAGACUUUGAGGAAAAAACAUGGUGGAUGGUACGAAAAGUCGGCAGAAACGAUCAAAAGCGUGGCUUCAUUUUACUAAGAAAGACGACGACGAGUUUUGUAUGGGAGUUUUGAGUUCGUGUAGCGUGGACUGAGUCAGAAGCGCGUAAAAAAAACACUCAACUCGACCAGAAAAACCCUCAAAAUUUUGCGCAUGACUCCACCCGUGUAGCCUUGUCCUCUUUUUGGAGAUCCAGAGUAUGGUCACCCUGAUUUGACUUAAUACCGACCAAGUAAAUGUACAAAUAGUUUGUCGUUUAAUUAUUUUUAGACUACAUCUUUUUCUGUUAUCAAAGACUCAAUAAAAUUUUGAGUUAACAUUGAAAACCUAUAGUCUACUUUUUUUAAAUCAAAGAAAGGCAUUGAUAAGGGAAUUAUUUAAGAAUUGAAUUGAUCAGCAGAAUCUUAAAUGGCAACGAUAUCGAUAAAACCAUAUCAAUUCCCAUCCCUAUUCUCGAGGUGGUAAUGUUUAUUGACAUCAUAACUACUCCCCACAUUCAAAAACUAUGUGAUUAUAUGGAAAUCUGACUGUUAAAAAAUUCCUGAAAUGAUCCUUUAAUUUACACUUUGGGUCUCUGCUUCCUCUCCAGGUGGUGCGUUUGUGUCAGAACCCUAAGGUAGCGCUGAAAAACAGCCCACCUUACAUCCUGGACCUACUGCCCGACACCUACCAACACCUUCGCACCAUCCUGUCCCGAUACGAGGGCAAAAUGGAGAUCCUCGGGGAAAACGAGUAUUUCCGUGUUGUCAUGGAGAACCUGACGAACAAGACGAAGCAGACUAUGAGUCUUUUUAAAGAGGCCAAGGAGAGGAUGUAUGAGGAGAACUCCCAGCCCAGGUAGGCUCAGUGUAUCCUGAUGAGACGUCGUCCUCCCUUGUUGCAGAAGGUCGCUGCGGGGUGAAAACAGCUGCGACGCAGGGAAAGUGUUUGAUUAAGUGACAGAUGUGACAAAGAUCAUCAGGUUUAACAUUGUUUGAGUUGGCUGAAGAGCGUCAUGUUCAAGUCUGGUGAUACUGCUGCUGCCUGGAGCCACCUGGAUGUUCGAAGCAGAGUCUGAAUGUGUGUUUAUAUCAAUUACGAGGCUUCGCAGCUCGGCUUCACCCCUCUGUUUGGGUUCAUAUGCGAUAAAUGAGUAAAAAUCUCCAGUCUGUUGGGUCCACAUGAAAAUAGUUCACCCUAUCCUGGAAGAAGAAGUAUUUCCAGCUAAGAAAGCUCUCUGUCUGUGUUUAUUUCAAUAAGGCUGUGAGGGGGGAAAAAAGUAUAAACAGGCCAAAGAACUCUUUCAUAUUGCUGUGUCCUCAUUUUGAGCUGCUAUUAUUCUAUUUGGUGGACACAAAGUUGGCAGCAACCCACUGACAUAAUUACUGUGCAUGUGUGGGCUUUAAGCAGGUCAGCUAACCGCUACAUCCAAAGAAAGAAGCGGAAAGAUUUGACUGGGUCAGCGUUUUCAGUGAUGUUUUAAGAAACAUUAAAUGUCCGUGUAAGACUUCCGAGAAGUUCCCUCACACUUUCCGUUUGUGGAGUGACGCACAAACAGCAUCAUUUGUCAAAAAGCAAAGCAGAAGAGAAGAGAAGAGCAAACAGAAGUGCGAUCUCUUAAAUGUCUGAUAAAGGCACCAUCAAACUAUCGCAAUCACGUCCACUUCCUCUCUUUCUCAGAAAUUCAUUACUAAGCAAAAGGUCCUUCCUCUGACGCACUGAGAUUUUUAUCAAGCAUUUCCUCACAGAUGUUCAGCAUCAACUACUAUUGUGAAGGGCAGCAGAUGUAUCACUCCCCCGGGCGUUAUGGAGUACAGGCAUGUUAACUGAACCAUCAAAAGUCUAAAUCCACUUCACACAGUUGAAGUCACAUUUUAGGUUAUGAGGAGGAUGCUCUUGUAAACCUGAAAGGCUACCUUUUAUACUGAAAAACAGAUAAAACACUGAUCAUAAUCAAGAUGUUCAAAAGUAGAGAACCGUGCUUCCUGAACAGGUUUGAGUUUGUGAAAUACAGUCGCCAAAAAGGCAGUAUCAGUCAUUUUUUAAUCUUUAUUUUGUCUGUAAGUUUACAGAAAAUAUUAGAAAAGCCUUAUCCGGUUAACCUUAGAUGUUUUAUAUUCUCCAACCAGGAGUAAGAAACCGGAAGACAGUCAGCCUGCAAACUUGUAAACAAGUGAAAAUAGCACAUGCUGACAUUUAAAGGAUUGUGACGCGCCAGUAUCUGCCAAUACUGAUGCGUCAGUGCGUCCAGUUUUGGAUUGAUUUUAAAAUGGUUUCACUCUCGAGCUGCUGCCUCUGUAUGACCCUCAGUGUUUGAUUUUCUUCUUUUAACUGGAUUGAAGUGCUUGUGUUUUGGUCUGAUCCUCCACUGUAAGAGUUGUGUUAAUAUUUGGCUCCUGCCCUGAAGGAGCUGUUCAAAUUUAGCAGAAGGAUCUUUUUUUUUUUUCCUCUCUAGAAAAGUUUCAUUUUUUCAUCAUGUUUUGUUUGUAAGGCUGUAAAGAGGAGGUUAUACUUAUGCCUGUGUGAAUGCUUCAGGGUCCUUUCUGACUGUUUAGAUAUAUCAUGACACUGAAGCUUUGACAGGUAACAUUAAACUGUCCAAUUAUCUAUCAAAUCAAUAUUUGAUAGUGAAUACAUCCCCUCAGCAGAAUCAACACAACAUGUGAACUUCUCACAGUGCCAUCAGAGGCGGGUCAGCAAAUGUUAAUCCUGAGUUUAAAAAAGUAAUUCUUCUUUAAUGUACCAAAAAUAAAACCCAAAAGUCUCUGUUGAGAAAGAGUGAAAUAGUCUACGGUUCGGUUUGAAAGUCGUACAAGCGUUUGAGUGUUUUUCUGAAGUCUGUGGUAGUUUUCAUCUGAGCUGAUAUCUGUGAAGAAAAACAUGAAUACACGCUGUAAACUCCGUUUAUUUUUCCUCGCAUGCCAUGUUAGAGUACACGCAUACAUGUUUGUUUAAAGCCUGUUAUUUUUGAACAAAUAUUAGUCCCCGUAUCUAUUUUUAUGAUCUCUUAUUAUCUCUUAAUAUCUGUCGCUAACUUGUAUUUGUUUCUCCUGUCCUCUCUCUCUCUCUCUUUCCCAUCACUCAGGCGAAACCUCACCAAGCUGUCUCUGAUCUUCAGUCACAUGCUCGCAGAGCUGAAAGCCAUCUUCCCCAACGGCCUGUUUCAGGGCGACAACUUCAGGAUCACCAAAGCUGAUGCUGCAGAAUUUUGGAGGAGGUCAUUCGGGGACAAGUGAGUCAGAUAUUAAACCUGACAAAAAAGGGGGAACUUAAAAGUCUGCGAACUCGUACUUGCUAACCAAACUAUGUCUGAAGUUCACAGAUUGUACGUUCGUCAUGAGAUUCUGUGAUUUUAAAACUUCUACCUCUUGAGUUUAGGUUUCUCUAUCCAUUCACUCGUUUUCUUUGUGAGCACCAAAUAUGGUACACAGAUUUAACUCAUAAGUUCCUGGCCUUCUUGCUCCCAUGUAGAACCAUAGUGCCAUGGAGGACCUUUCGUCAGGCUCUCCACGAGUUUCACCCCAUCAGCUCAGGCUUGGAGGCCAUGGCUCUCAAAUCCACCAUCGACCUCACCUGUAACGACUACAUCUCUGUUUUUGAGUUCGACAUCUUCACCAGGCUCUUCCAGGUAAUAGUGGGACACUUUCCUGGUACCCAUGUAGUCAUUCUAUGAAAAGGUAAAUCUGAAUCCCUUCAGACUGGGAGGAUUUAGUGAAAAAUCUCUGAUGUGUGCUUGCUUGUUUUUCACACUGAUGCCUAAAUGCUGAAGUAGACAAACGGGACAACUAGGAGUGUCACAAUACAAGAAUUAAACAUCAUAUGAUAUUGAUGCUGGUUUGAUACUGCGGAAAGAAAAAUGGGCGCCUUAAAUAGUAAUCUUUGUUUUCUUUGACUUCCAAAAAAAAGUCACAGAUCACAGAGCAACAUUUGACUGUUACUGUCUUCAAAACAUGAUUGAGUAGAAAAUCUGAUCGUCGUUUAACAUUCAGAGGACGUGCUUUUGCAGAAAGUUUCUUACUUAAUUCGGUAACUUGAUACAGUCACAGAAGCUUCCUGUCAAAAGACCACAGUCCUCUACUUUCUGCUUUUUAGGUUGGUUUGCUGAAGACAUAAACUUGGCUUGUGGCUAUCAAAGACGCUAAAAAAGACCUCUCAGUGCAUCAGUAUUUUUAGACCUAUGCAUGAGAAGAGUUCGCAGUGCAGCGGUUGCGACAGAGGUGGAGUGGAGACACACAGCAGGCAAGAGGAAGCGCGACUUAAGCUGCAAGCAAAACAAAACAUCCUCCUGCGCAAUGAUAAGGAGUCGUGAAUGUGUCUAAUAGCUCUUAAACAUGUGGAAUUUAAAAGUAUCUAAGUGUGUAAAAUUACAACAACAUACAAAAACAGAAACUAGAGACAUUAUCUUAAUUAACCCUCAAGUUUAAAGUCUGCUGUCCACCAGUUUAGCUCAACUGGUAGAGCAGACUUCAUGUAUUCAGAGGCAGCCCUCGUCCCACUGGUUUUAAGAUUAAUACCUAGUCCAGUCCAGACAGGAUCUGAUGCACCUCAUCCCCCACUCUCCCAAGAUGCCUGAUUCAUUAAAAAAAAAAAAAAGAUUAAACACUUAUCUUCAUAAAAGAAAAAUCUGCAGUAUUAUUGAAAUAUCGUCCCUAAUUAUAAGUGAUCCACCAGAUAAUCACUGAGGGAUUGACUGUCGUUAUCACAUUAACCCUUCAGCACUGUAAGCCUGAAAAACAAAAUUAGGAUCAAAGGUUGAGUUAAGCAGAAAUAGAGGAAGCGUUUAGAAAGUCUCAUGACUGUCCUGACAUUUGACUCCUCAAAUUAUGAUAUGACUGAUCACCAGCACUGCUGCCAAGAUAAUGAUUUCCCACUCUCAGAGCUGAACUCUUAAGGCUGUAAAAUGCUUUGUAAACACUGUUACGCAGGACUCCACUCAGACAAUCAUUUGACUGUUUAUUCCUCAAAAAUAAAAGAGGGCCUGCUGUAUAAUAAGCCUGAUUCCCUCAACUAUUGCAAUCUCCACUACAAACCCUCUACGGUCUCCUUGUUUUCGACAGGGAGUGAAUUUUCCCUUUAGGACAUGAAGCCAUCUAACCAGCCUGUUUGGGUGUUUGCAAAGUUGUUCUUUCAUAGAAGACGAAUCAAAGCCAACUUAAAAGAUCUGACCUGAUAAACAAAACUAAAGUUACUCUGAAAGUACAGACUGUGUCUUUGAGAUCCUGAUAAAUACAUUUCGCUUUCUAACAUUUAAAGAAACUGUUUCCACCAAACGUGCACUGAUCAAUGGGUGCCAAUUUCCUCAAUUUUGGGGGAUCGGUGAUCGGCUGAUCCUUACACACAGAACCGAUUUUAUCCACCGAUCUUAUCUACCUCAGCAAAGGUCUGAAAGUCAGCCGUUGUAGCUUUUUGCUUUUGCCAGAAUGACAGGCCCGCCCACCAGUUUAGUUUGUCCUGUAGAUUAUUAUUUUACUGACUUCCUCAAACUUUGUGAUUUCCUUUAUUUGUAAAAGCAAAAUACUGCUUUGCGCUUUAUUUUGGUGAGAGGCUCAAAACAGGCCUGCAGUGCGACCUGUUGUGCAAGUUUUGUUAAUUUUUGAAAUGAGGAAAAUAAAGUAGUAGUUUGGAGAGCAGUACGCUUAACUUUUCAUUUAUAUUUGAGAGACCUGCCUCAUGUGCAGUUAAAACAAACACAAAAUGUUUGUAUUGUUUUAUGUUUUUCAUUAAAGUAAGAUUGGAGCAUUAAAGGUGUAAAAAGGUAUCGGCCAAAAUUGGUAUUGGCAGGUCAAGCUUUAUAAAGAUCGGUGUUUGGUGAUCAGCCAGAAAAUUGUGAUCGGUGCACCCCUAGUUUCCACUUCUGUUUUUGCCCUCAGAUAUCUCUUCUCUUUCUGUCUCUCUGCAUUUCUGUGUGUGCUGUAAUCAAACGAGUGGUGAUAAGCUCCAAAUCAACCUGGCUGAAUUCUUUUAGACGUCCAUUGUUUUGCUUCAAUCUGUUUUAAAGUUAUCGUUUCUGGGGCUUACUCGUGUGCUGAUGUGCCUUUCUGCAGCCUUGGUCGUCUCUUUUGAGGAACUGGAACAGUCUUGCAGUCACACACCCGGGGUACAUGGCCUUCCUGACCUACGACGAGGUCAAGGCUCGACUGCACCGCUUCAUCCACAAACCUGGCAGGUGAGAAACAAGCACACAGUCAAGAUCCCUAAAAGCAUUAAACGCGUUGUUGUCACACUGUCGGUUAAUAUCGGUGUCUCCCCCUCAGCUACAUCUUCAGGCUGAGCUGCACUCGGCUGGGCCAGUGGGCGAUCGGCUAUGUGACAGCUGAUGGCAACAUCCUGCAGACCAUCCCCCAUAACAAACCACUGUUCCAAGCCCUCAUUGACGGAUACAGAGAGGGAUUGUGAGUGCCACUACAGCGCAGUGUCAAUGCGCCAAUUAAUGCGUUUCCAGAGACAUGAUGUCAUAGGUUAUGCACGCCUUCUAGGAUGGAGAAGAGGAGAUCUGAGAUUGCCAGAAAGAGUCCAGAACAGAACCCUCUGUAGUCGGCGUUUUGUUGAUUUUUACCAUGAAAAUACGAAAAAACUGAAAAUGGAAAUAGAGGCUCUGUGAUCGACUUCAAAACAGAAGACCAGAGUCAGAUUCAGAUCUUUAUUAUCUGAGCUUUUGUUUUUAUUUCAGCACCACAUCACGCUAAAUAAGUCUUGCGUUAAACUGAAUUUAACACUCUUGCCUCCUCGUGUUCUUCUGUAUCAUUCGUGUUUAAAAUAAGGGGUCACACAAGAGGUCUUUAUAAGAGUCUUGAAAGCUAACAUCAGAGGAACUCGAGUGUGAAUGCACAGUACAGAGUCUCAUGAUUGAAAAGCUUCUCUAAUCUUUUCUUUUCAAAGAACAAUGGGAAAAAAAAGAAAAACUUUUGAUUUGCUGACAGAGAACUUAAACCAACUCUGUGGUUUCCCUAAUGUUGCAGGGUUGAAGCUCAUUAAUUGUUUUUUUUCUUUUUGAAUACUGAAGAAAGAAAUGUUUUAAAGCUUACGCAUGUGUGUGUUUGACUUUCCAGUUAUCUGUUCCCAGACGGUCGAGUACAGAACCCUGACCUCACAGGGCUCUGUGAACCCUCACCGCAGGACCACAUCAAAGUUACUCAGGUUGGGUCUGGUUUUUUUCUUACUCUUCAAAGUCUUUUGACUCGGUGGACCACAAAUGAUGCAUUGAGUUUAUUAUUACCAUCAUGUUAUAUUUCAGUACUCAGACAGUUUAACUGCUUGGACGAGGACACAAAGACCAAAUGAUGAUCUUUACCACGAUAUCUUACAAACGCCAACAGAUUUGAUGUGUCAAUAAACAGGCUGUGCCCUUUUUCCUCCUCUUCCCCAUGUAGGAGCAGUAUGAGCUGUACUGUGAAAUGGGCUCCACUUUCCAGCUCUGUAAGAUCUGCGCAGAGAACGACAAGGAUGUGAAGAUCGAGCCCUGCAGACACCUCAUGUGCACCUCCUGCCUGACUGCCUGGCAGGUGAGGCUGUUGUGUUGUUAAGUUUUAUUACACUGUAUAAAAGCUGGCACUCACGCGGUAUAUUCAUAUUUACAGCGUCCUUAAUUUUGAAUCAGAUGUUAUACAAAUCAGCGUUGCUCUCUCCGUGUGUCUGUAUCAGGAGUCAGAGGGUCAGGGAUGCCCGUUUUGCCGCUGUGAGAUUAAAGGCACCGAGCCAAUCGUGGUGGACCCCUUCCACCCGAAGGCAAGUGGGGCUUCCUUUGCUGGUUUCCAGGGGUCCAGCAGAGCAGAAGCUGCAGGAAAUGACGAGGAAGAAGAUGAUCGUCUGGAGGACCAGCACCUUGUCAUGAGCAGACUGGCGUGCAGCAAGGUAAGAGAAGCACAUACUAAAGGUUUCUUGGAUGUAUUAUCGUCACUGCCAACUGAACUGCGUAUCGUUCAAGUUGUGAAUUUUGUGCCAUGCAACACCUCACCACCUAUGUGUGCGUGCAGGUGGAGCGUCCAGCAUCCCCAGUGUCUCAGCUGCCUCCUGUGCCCCCCCGGCUGGACCUCCUGCAGCAGAGACCCUCGAACUCGCUCAGCGCACAGAGUCAGGGAGCCACACCCAAGGUAAGGGACUAAAUUUAAACCCAGUUGCCGAUGAUUUGGACUUAAAGGGAUAUUCCGGCGUAAAAUUAAUUUAGGGUCAAACACACCAAAACACCGAAUGAAUGUUGCCGACCGCUUGCUUCUUUAGGUAUACCAACUUUAGUAACGACCACAAGCUAGUAAUACACAGCGGUCUGAGGGGCCAUCAACAAACCUCAACCUAAACUCCACUCUAUAGCCACAAAUAAUGCUCAGAACAACAACUCCAUCAACAGUACAUAUAGGGUCCCAGCCAUAGCACUAGCCACUAGCCAUAAUCAUUUUGCACUGCAGACUCGGUAGUUCUUCUGCCUUAGCGUCUCGGUCUGAUUGCAUUUCCAUGAAGAAAUGAUCAUAAAUGUUCUUCCUUGAGCUGCGUAACCCCGCAGCAGUCCAUAAUGGACUGGCCUGAGGUCUCACUACAAACAAGAGGCUGCUGGAAGACAGUAGGUGAGUUGUGCUAAAGGAAUUAGUGUGUGGCUCUCUUUAUUGCUAUCUGCGGUCAUUACUAUAGUUGGUAUCACUAGAGAAGUAAGCAGUCGGCAACAUUCAUCUCUCGAGGGGGUGUUUAACUCCCUUUAAUGUUUGAUUAGGGAGGAAUUCCAGGGCCUUGUUGACCUCAGUGAGAAAUAAUAGAUGAAUAAAGAAAUAACACCUCACCCUUUCUUCCCUCCAACCCUAGAUGUCAGCCACUCACAGAGACAAGCCUCUACCUCUGCCUCCAGCCCUGAGAGAGCUGCCCCCUCCUCCCCCUCCAGAGCGGCCCUCCCUGCUCGGUCAGGACUCCAGGCUCCAAUGGAGACCCCUGCCCUCCACCCCAGACCAGCCCUCCUGGGCUGCCAACUACAUGGUGCCUCGUCCGGUAGCAAAGACCACCUUGUCAUCCCUGUCUCCCAUCCCUCAGAGCAACGGGACCAGUAGAGAGGGAAUCAAACCCCAAGCAGCUACGAAUGCCGUCUACUGCCUGGCUGCAAGGUACUGAACUCUGCUGCUGAACUUAACUGUAACAGGAUUAGAUAAACUUUCAUAAGGGCAUCUUAACUUUAACACCAGUACAAGAGAAACUGGUCAUCCAGUGAACAGAGCUGUUGAACUGGCACAAAGUAUCUCUCUGCUUUGAGUCAGUUAUUAUAUAUUCACAGUGUUUCAUACAUUCACGCUCAGUUAUGAUUUGAACACACUUACAUGACAUGAACUUUGAAAAAUAGCUGAGAAUUACUUGUUUAUGACACAUUCAUUAAUUUCCCUUCAUGGAAACUUGAUGUGGACUUUAUCCUUCAGGCACACAUAAAAUCAAAAUCAUACAAGGUCCAUAAAACCUCAUAAAAAAACACACAGCAGCAAUUCAGUGAAAAUGGAUCGUAUAAAAUUGACAGUUAGAGCUCCAGUGGGAAAGUUUCAGCUGGUUGUAAAACAAACCGGAACAAAUGCUGGUCCCCUCUGUAGAGGAUACAAAAGCAAAACAACAACAACAGCCCUGCUGCUGUUGCCUAACCCUCCUCAGAGUCUGGGACAGUCCCAGAGUUCUCAUUGUUUUCUGUAAACCAUCAGGUCUCUGCCAGCAUCAGCGAUGUCGAGUGCAGAGAGGCUGUCGUCUGACUGUGAAGAAAACGAGUACAUGAGUCCCACCUCUCUUCCUGCCUCUGGUGCACCCUGGGUCAUAUCAGGCUCCUCAGUACCUCCGCCACCAGUGCAGACAAACCACCACAAUGACGUCAGGUAAACAGGAGAACAACCAGCGAUAAAAUGGGUUAGUGGGUUGAAUGGCUCACCACAGGUCGUCCUGUUUUUUCUCAUUUUGAGCCCAGAGGGUUUUGUUUAUGAGCAAAGAGCUUUUCCUGUUUACCAACUGAAGUAACCUCUCAAUACGAGAUCAUCUGACGUAUGUUUUGUGCUCCAACUCUGCAAACUUCAUCAAACUGACAUACAGGAAGGCUGCGACUAUCAGGGAAACUACAGGCUACUUGGUAACACUUUAUGAUAAACAUAAUUUAUAAAUGGUAAAUAGAUAGUUUAUGAAUGUUUAAUCAUCAUUUAAAAACAGCAUAAAGACCAUUUAUAAAUGGUAAAUAGAUAGUUUAUUAAUGUAAGUUAAUAGUUACUUUAUCACGAACAAGCAAUGAAAUUAUGAUUAAUAAUUUUAAUGGACUAUUUAUUAAUAUUAAUAUUAUAAUUAUAUUGGGUUUAAAUGUUGGUUGUAAAGCAUCUAGGGUCAGUAGCACUUUGUAAAUUGUUAAUAUUUGGUUUUUAAACCAUCUAUAAACAUCACUUAGAUGGCUGUUGUAAAGUUGCAACUAAUGUUUGUAAUACUUUGUAAAUGAUUAAUAAGUGGUUUAUAAACCACCAAUAAACAUUACUAAGAUGUUAUUGUAAAGUUAGGGUUAGGUUUUUAAAAAUGGUAAAAUUUACAAUUUAUUAAUGGUCUACAUGCUAUUUAUAAAUGAUGAUUAAACAUUAAUAAACUAUCUGCUUACCAUUUUUAGAUGGUCUAUUUACCAUUUAUAAGUUAUGAUUAUUGAUUGAUUAUGAUUAAGUGUUACUGGCUGCUUUAGUAGCAGUCAGGGUGGUUGGUUGAGAAGAUGAGUUGUUACAUGGAAACGAACAAGCUUGACAUGCUCAGGUAAAAGAGGAUCUAUGGUCACCCUAACUUAUAUCUCUGUUAGAUUAUAUUCAACAUGAGCACUGAUAGCUGCACAGAGGAUGAACAUUAAACUGGUGUGACAGCAGUAAUUAUGUUGUCCACCAGGGGGCUCUGUAGCCUCAGGAUUGUUCCUCCUUCACUAUCUCUCCCCUAAACCCUGUUUUCUUGUCCCCCUUUCAUUUCCAUUUUUUUUUUAAAACGUAAAACAACUGUGUCAAGAAAGACGCAAUGUUAGUCUGUUUGUUGCACAGAUAAAAAAACUAGUGACUAAAUACACAUCAAGCGUCCCCAUAUCAGAGGACUGAGUAGAAAUGAUCAGGGUUGUUUUUUUUUGUUCCUUUGAAAAUCUGAAGAUGACACCAGAAGCAGAGCAGCAGCGCUGGGUUUGUACACAAAACUAAAUAAUUCUGAUUUAUUUUCUUUGCUCUUUUAUUCACAGCAGUGACGUGGUUGACAGUGACUCUGAGGACCCCCAAGUCUACGAGUCCAUGUGUAUUAUUCAGGCCCAGGCGGGCUCCUCUGAGACGUUACAGGCAUCUGACAUGGGUAAUUUUCACAUUGAUUAAAAAAACUAUCUCUGGUCCCCUUUUCCCUGAACCCACACCAAACAUGUCGUGUGCUACAGCUGAACAUUUUUCUCCUCAUCACUCGAUGAUAAAACAGAUUUUAUUCGCCAUAUUCAUAACUAUGGCACGUGUUGUUUUUAGACCCCCCUCAGCCGUCAGCUCCAGUUUCCCAGGACAAACCAGAGGAGAGCAGCGAGGAGGACGUUUACGAGUAUGACUUCCCCCGACCGGUCGUCCCUCCUGCCCCGACCAGAAGAACCAUGUCCGAGAUCAGCGGCCCCUCAGCCGCUUUCAGCACUCUCAGCCUGGACAGCCCAGGAGAAGCCAGUAUGUGUUUCUGCAUGUUUAUUUUUUUCUACAGCAUCUGUGGACCAAAGGUGAAAACGCUGCUGGGCUCGCAUGCAAAGGCGCAUUCAUUGUUGUUUACCUGACAGAUCACAGGCUGGUAGUAAACAAACAUGAAACCUCUUCAGGCUCACAUGACGUGUGCGUGCGAAGUCUGCAGCUUGUUAGCAGCGAACUGGAAGAACUGGUGUGAAAAAAAAAACAAUGUUGAUGCGCUGAGCUGAUGGAAUCAACUCAGGACAGGAUCUUUAACAGAUCCAAUUUGUAAACGUCUCUGGAUCUGAGUGGACAUGUCCAAACUUUCAUCAUUAGGGGGAAUCUGAAUCUCUGAAGUAACCUCCCUCAUGUCUCAUUUACCAAGAAACCAAAACAGUUGUAGUUCUUUGUAUCACAGCUUUUAAGAAAUUAUUAAUCUUUGGUCUUGAAAGUUUUUGAUCUAAAAUCAUAACUUAUUAAAUGAAUAUAAUAACUGCAGUGGAUCAAUAAAAUGAACUAAAAGCUUGAAAUUAAAGAAGUAAAAAGAAAGAGCUUCUUGACGCACCUUUUAUGCACUCGUGUCCACGGCUAGAUGUUUCUGCUUGUCCACUGAGAGUCCAUUUACUUGUUCCAGUAAGUUUAAACAAAAACACUUCCUUACGCAAAAAAAACUUCAUAUGGAUGUACCAAUACAUUCAUUCUUUUGCGCCAUAAACCAGUAAAUCAAACACAAAUCCAGCUGCCAGCCUGCAGUCAAAAAACAAAAACUUCAUGUGUGCAACACCUGAUACAAUUAGUGCGCACCUUUAAAUGUCCUUUGGCGCUCUUCACAGCGCCUCACAGAUGUACUAACAAAUGGCUCCACCAGAACUUAUCCUCUACCAAGGUAAAAGUUGAACUCAUCUUAUGAAUCCCUGAACAUUGGAUAAACUGUUAAAAAUAUGACAUAACUCGUAGUGGUGCAACGGAUCACAACACUCACGGAUCGGAUCGUUCCUCGGAUCAAGAGUCACGGAUCGGAUCAUUUUUCGGAUCAGCAAAAAGCAGUUUUGUCUGUAUAUUAAACACUUAAAUGGUUGAAUUAAAAUAUAUAAAAGUAGUGCAUACGGCAUAAUAUCUUCUUUUCAACAUAAUUAUUAAUGAAAAACAACUUAAAGUGCAAUAUACAGGCAUAUCUCCUUCCUUUAAAAUGUAACAAUGAACCAAAAAUGAAGUAUGUGCGCGGUGGGAUAUUGUAACGUGGCUCAAGCACUUUGAGCAUGUUUUUAAAGCCCUCGUUUGCACAACUGAAUAUGGCCUCAUGUCUGCAGCUAUAAACACACCGAUAGAGUUUGUGAAAGCUUUAGCCUGGUCGGAUUGCGCAGGAAGAGGCUGCUUAAAUGCUGCGGUGAUGAGCGGUUGCUGGCCAGCUUUCGUUUUAUCUCAGGUGUUGUGACAUAGAAUGCACCCCUGCCGUAGAAUGCACCCCCUGACGGGAGCGCGGUUUAAAGUACAUAACGAGGCGAAAUAAUCCAAGUUUUUCUUACAUUGGAUGGAUUCAAAAGCGUUUGCCUGUAAUAAUUUCAUUCAGGCUAUUCAAAGAAGCCAAAAACAACAGCCCUUGGAAUAUUGCUGUCCCGAAAAUAUAAUGCUCUCUACCUGGACAGCUUUCUGUACAGUUUAUACCCAAGUACACCUCUAGAUUUGCAUUUUUGAGACACAUAAAAAGAAAAUGAAAGUUUGCUGCUCCAUUUGACAUGUUGUCAUGAUCUAAUACUCGUGUUUCUUUAAAUAUGAGAUCAUUAUCUCCACUUUAAGAAGCUAACGAGUGGAGGGGAUGCAGGGGUGCGUUCUACGGCAGGGGUGCAGUCUACGGCACAACACCACUAAUAACUCGUACACAGUCUACAGAUUGUUCAUAAACACCGCCAACACAGUGUCUGCAGCUUUACCUGAGGCUUCACUGUAAGCAGCUUUAGCGCAGACCUCGUUCUUGAGUCCUUGGUUGUGUGUUCAGUUACAGAGAAAAUAACCAGCUUUGGGCAAGACGCCUGAGUAAACUCUCUGUAUUCACUCAGGUACUUGAACGCAACACAUUGUCCCUCCACUUUAACUGACUGCUGAUUACUCAUCUGCGUGUUCACAGGUAUGUUUGCAGCUAGUGUGGAUCUUGAACGCCCCCCUAAACCUCUGCCACGGCGAGCCAACUCUGACAGACGACCUCGGCCUGCGAAUCGGGAUUUCUCCUCCCCGUUACCAGACCUCCCUGGACCCUCUACAUCCUCCUCUGCCUCCCCACCUCCUCACCCUCCUCCUCCUCCUCCUCCUGCUCCCACGGGAAGCCUGGCUCUAAACGGGGAGAUCGAGUGCCUGAUGUCGCAGGGCUACUCCAUCCAGGACAUCCAGAAAGCCCUGAUGAUCGCCCAGAACAACCUGGAGACGGCCAAGAACAUCCUGCGCGAGUUUGUCUCCAUCCCCUCCACGGCUCACAUCGCCACGUAGUCACUCCGGACUCACUCGAACCCCUCUGUGUACGUCUCUGUCUACAUCUCUGUGCCAUUAUAUCGGAUAAGCAUUUACCAAGCUCUUUCCUGCAGGGCCACAAGGGCCGCCCCUCUUUGGAGUUAUGCUGCAUUCAAAUCAUAUCAACUGAUGAAAAACACAUAAUCUGCGAGAUCUGGGCUUAAAAAAAUUUGCAUCUCAUGUUCGUUUUGACAAAGUAUUAAUGCGCUCUAACAGGCUUGACUGACUUAUAAAUCCUGGAUACUGUUCUGGUAAAGCCAAGUGGUUGAAAAGACCUCACGGCGCUUGUCUACCUGUUACUGUCGCUCCAGGAAUGAGGUGUUUAGGCCCAGAAGGUGCGUGACAGCAUGUGGUCAUGUGGUUUUGGAUGCAGCUUGUAGGUAAAGUGGCGGAUCUGACUUGAAUGCAGCAUACUUGGAGAAUAAAAGCCUUGUAAUGUGAGCUCUCCGUAGCCGAGCUUUGACCCUGUUGUACUCCGCUGAGGUCCACUUAUACCAUGGCAGUGUUUCCCCUCAGUCUCAGUACAUUUCUCUCAUUAAGCUAAAUGUUGAAGCGACAGUGACUUUGCUCAGCGGAGGGAUCAUAUUUUUAUUUUUUUUUUUAACUCAUUGUCCCGCUGCUGGCAGCCGUUCAGAUUUGGUGCUUUACGGGCUUCUUGGCAAAUUGUGGCGUACGAAAAUAUGUAGCGACACGAGUUUCAGCUGGAAGUAGGGAUAACUCAGUGCCGUGUGUGUGUGUGUGUGUGCGCGCGCGUAUGUGUGUGUGUAUGCUCGUGCCGAUGAAUGUGAACGUUCAGUUGCCGUGCAGUAUCGCAGGGCUUCAUGUCGCACGUGUCACCGUGGUUCAGUCUGCUUUGAUGGUAUCUGACAAGCGGGGUGUGACUCCAUAAUCACAGUUCAGUGUUUAAGUACUCUCAUGAGGUGUUGUGCUGUGUAGUACUAACAAAUGACUGAAGUGUCAUGAUGUUAUUUCCAUGAUUUCCUGACGUCGCUCUGACACAGAAGGCUGGUGUAUUUACGCAAAAGUUCCUCCUACUUUCUUACUAAAAAACGUUUUAACACGCUGUCCAGUUAACUCUUAAAUAUUGAGCAUCCAAAGCUUCUGCAGAGCAUCUAAGGAGUCAGAUUUUGCCAAGUCCUGGAGGUAUUUCAUUGUGGGGUUGUCCUCACUUGGAGCAAACUUGACCUCCUGGGGUGAGGAACUCGGUUUGCAGGAGUAAACACUAAAAUGACCAGUUUAAACAAACAGAUUAAGACUUGAUAUUUCCAAAUCACCUCCCUUUUGUCUCAUUCAGUUCCUCAUUUCUGGAAUUCUGUAUGUGGAUGAUGCAGACAACUGGGAAUUAAUAAAGCAGCUUCAUUUUCAGCUUGCUAGGCAGUGACAAGUAAAAAUCUAAAACCAGUCCAAACAGAGCAGAUUUGAUUUAAAUCAGGAUUACAGUCUGCAGGAAAACUGAGUCAGGCUGAUUUACUGAGUGUACCUAACAAUAGCAGAGCUAGAACCACCACCCUCUGGUCCUCCUGGCAGGUUAAAGCCACACGCCUGUGCUGCUGACAUGCGAUAACCUGCAAGUUCAACUUAACACAGCCCUCACUUUCUCAAUCUUAUGGUGCGUUCGAGUUACCUCCGAAGUCAGAUGUCCGAGCUAGGAAUGACGUCACACCCGAGUUACCAGCGCCAAGUUGGAAAAAAGCGAAAUCGGAGGCAGAAACAAGAUGGCUACAUCUACGAAAGUUAUUUUAGCGUUUGCCUUGUCCGAAUAUAAGCAAGGACAAGGACAAGCAAGCGCUAAAAUAACUUUCGUAGAUGUAGCCAUCUUGUUUCCGCCUCCGAUUUUGCUUUUUUCUGACUUGGUAACUCGUGUGUGACGUAAUUUUCAGCUCGGACUUCUGACUUCCAAGGUAACUCGAACGCAGCAGUCGCACUGCUAAAUCUUGCUGCCAGCUGUCAUCUGUGCUUGUUUACAUCUAGGUAGUUGGGCAGCCCCAGCUAGUGGCAGGAGGCUGCACUACAGCUUAGACAAAGCACAGUAUCGCAGGAGUAUUUCAGGACCUACAGUUUUAGGAAGAUUAAUGAAUUGUUCGCUCCAUUUUUUAAGUCUGACACCAGCUAGUUCAGGAGAUCAUCCAUAGACUAAAUAUGUGUUAACUUCAUGUGCACUUUGCCCUCCAAAUAACCCAGACAGCAUGAGUGAGGAACCAAGUUAGCUUCAAAUUAAAACCCUCAUAAGUCCUCUAGUUUCAAGUUUGGCCAAAAUAAUCCACCACGCUCACCACAAAUCUCACAGACAUGUCUGUCUAACUGGAACUACUCUUGACAUUUCAGUCAAAUUUAACUGCAGUUAUAAGCUAAUUAAAAAGACAUUAGAGUUAAUGUAUUUAUGAAUAAAUGUCUGAUCCCUUAUCACGACAUUUGGAUUUCUGUCUGUAGUUCUGACCCAGCUAUCUACAGGCAUCAGCUUGGACAUGAAGGAAUCAAGACUUUCCAAACUUGAUUUUUAGAUGUUAACUGAUAGUAAACAAGAGUAUGAUCAGAGGAUGAAAUGAGAAUGCAAAUCAUCUGUAAGUGCAGCCCAAAAAUCUACUCUUUCUCGCUGUUUUAGGUUUGCCCUGUAGACAUUUCUAGCUCUAGCUCUGAGGUUGGAGCUCCGGGUUAUCCCCUCACAUCAAUAUGAGGUUCGCCUCAACAGCUAUUGGACUGUUCAGCUCAUGAUUUAGAGUAACUUUAUGCAUAUUUAUCUAACCACAGGAUCGUGAGCGCGUUCAGGGCUAAGAUGAAAAGAUAUCUGAGUCAUCAUCCAAGCAGGGGGUCUGAUCAGAGUCUGGGGGAUCAGUGCAGAAUACAGAUACACGGCCAGUAGCAGCAAUGUUCACUUUCAAAGGGCUGUGCCACAAUAACCCGAUAAGAAAAUCAGUCAUUUCCUCUUUAACUUCUGAACAUAUGUGAGACGUCCUAUCGUUCAGUUUCUCCUUUUAAAGCUUCACUUCUUAGUCCCGCAGUAACGUGUACAUGUGCCUUCUUCUGUCAGUCAAAACCUGCACAACAAAAGCAAACAAACCAAAGCCCCACAUUCACUCUUUAAACAAAAGGAAAUGUACAGCUGCUAAAUUAGGAUGAGAGUUAAAGCUCAUUAUCCAGAGCAUUUUUUUUUCUUUUUUUUUUCUGACAGUGUUAGUUUUGGUUUUCAGAGACUAUUGGGUGUUUUCAGUCGGUUCUCCACAUGAGGCUGUUUGAUAUGCAGAAAACAUCACAGGGGGGUUCAAAGACUCUUAAUUACAGCUCAGUCCGUACGUCUCUGAUGCAAGGCUAACACCAAGGUUUCAGUAUCAGAUCCUUCUUAUGGACACGUUUGGUAAGAAAAAUUCAGGUUGCCAAAAUAAAUCGACUUUUAAAAGUUCCAAAUUAAAAUCAUUGAGAACUUGAACGUCAGUCUGGGUUAAAAUAAACAGUUUAAAUCGUUGUACUCAUAAAUAUCUAGGUGUCAUCCUGCAUUUGAAGCUCCUGUGAGGAACUCUCAGUUUUGGCACCCCCCUGUGGACAAAACUGUUUUUGCUCAUCUUGUCCUUGUGACACAACAAACACCCUCUUCUACCGGACUUUGACAGAAGUUUCAUUCAUAAUGGCUACUUUAUGUGGGAACUGUAAGAACAGGCAUGGGACACAAUUGAAAAUGACAAAAAUACAAAUUGUUAGUUUUGUUACUGUUGGCUUUGUUUACUUUUGUGGCAUCAGUCUGGUUUUAAGCAUUAAAAAAAACCCUCACAGGAGCUUUAAAUGUCUCCAGCUUUAAAAUUUAGAGUUUACAUUCAUGUCUAGGAUUACGUUCUACGCAGAGUAAAGUUGCUAGACUACUUUUACAUUUCUAUAACUAUCACUUUUAAGCUUAUUUGGGGGUUUUAUGCCUCUAUUUGGAGGAUGGGGUAGGAAACAGAGAGAGAGAGAGCAGGAGUGAUAUGAAGCAAAGGGCUGCAGGUUAGAAUUGAGCCACUGUAUAUGGAGCUUAUGAUUUCACUGCCAAACUGGCGCCUUGAUUUAAAUCAUGUUUGAAGGAUAACAAUAAUGCACUCACCUCAUACGUCAUGACUUUUCUCUUUUUUUAAUAAUAGCACAUAAGCUGCUGAUCCUGGCCCUGCUGUUACUCACAAGUAGAUCCAGAAUAAACUUGUCGGGCUGUGAUACACAUUCAAGUUUAUCUCUACUCUGUUGAAGACCAGAAGUAUACAGAAGCUUCUUGUGAUUUAAGUAGUAAAAACACACCAAGUAUUAAUGCAAAACAGAAGAAAAGUGCUGAAAUUAGCAUGAAAUCGAACCGGGGUUUUCUACUGUUCUGAUCAGACUGAAGUUUUUAGAGGUGGUCGUCAAUCCCUCUGCUUUCUAACAACUCUUCACCUGUUCGAACGCUUCGACAGGGACUAACUCCUGACCAUGAGAGAGCUGCGGCGUGAGGACACACUCAAGGUCUACAGUGUGCUGAAUCACUGCCACAAGCUCCAUCAUCUAACACACACGCGUUAACGCACAUUUCCUGGGGUGUGUUGGUUCAGAUCCAUCAAUGAAUGACACGAUUGGUGUAAUCAUGGUUUAACUCGCCUUUACAUGAACUUGCCUACUAGACAGUUGUCUUCUUCAUUGCUUUGUUGUUGCUUGUGUAAAUAUGAUUUUAUUUAUUGUCUUUUUAAUAUCCUCAUUAUUCGUUUUGUUGCCAUGUUUUCAUGCCUAAGCCAUUAAGAUUUUUAAUUAAACAGUAUUUUCUUUAACAUUUGAAUUGUGUCAUUUGUCCGUAGUGACUACAGACUGUUACAUGGGGGUGAUGUGGCUAAGUUGUUUGAAUUUUUAUGGUCCUAAAUGUUGAAUAAAGG